AAAAGGAAAAGAAAAGAACAAUUGGCUAUGAAUGCUCGAUUUUCAACUUUUUUUAAUCACCGAUAUUAUUUCUCUCUCUUUCCACCUCUUAAAAUCCCAUGCUUUCCCCAUUUCCUUGUCGAUUGAUUUCCCCUCUUACGAGAUGUUUACUUCUUCUUCGUUCGAUCGGCUUUGAAUUGUAUCGUUUACUUGUGGGAUUCGAUUUCCUGUGAUUGAAUCUAGUUCAUAGCUUCGAUUUUUCUCCCCUAUAUACUUUUGAAAUCAGAUCUUGCGGUGACUACAGAUCUCUUCGCCGAGUAAAGUUCCUACAGUUUUUUCGAAUCCGUUGAGAAAAAACCUCGAUUCUCUCGGUUCUUUGAUCCUAUAUUUAUUAUUAUUUUUUGGUGAUUCUUGGCCGUUUUCGCGAUCUAUUUUCUUUUUAGAAGUUCAGCUCCUUGCUGCGAUUCUCUGCUGAAUCGCCGCAGAAAAUGGCUCAGGAAAGUUGCAACCUAGACAAAGAAGAAGCUGAAGUUCUCAAACCCCCUUCUUCUCCUCAUCCUCCUCCUCCUCCUCCUUCCUCUUCUCCUCCUCCUGCUCCCUCCUCUCCUCCCUCUCUUUCACCUCCUCCUCUUUUCCUAAACCAGCCGAAAACAACCACAGCUCAACAACUAGACAUACUGUCCUCCAAGCUUGUCGGCGAAUCUCAACCUUCCAUUCGCCUGGUCAACCGAUGCUCUUCCUGCUGUAAAAAAGUCGGCCUCACCGGAUUCCGGUGCCGCUGCGGCGAGCUCUUUUGCUCCCGCCAUCGGUACUCCGAAACACACGACUGCUCCUUCGACUACAAAGCUGCCGGCAGGGAGGAGAUCUCCAAGGCCAACCCGGUCGUCAGAGCCGCUAAAAUCAUCAAGAUCUAAGGCAGCUGCUUGGCCUUAUUCACUCAUCUCUAUGGACGCAAAAGCAGAGAAAUCAGAGGACAUUGGAGAAGGAUUAGUUUCUUGAUAACUCCAAAAAUGGUGAUUAUUUUUUAAGCUCUCGUUGUUAUUAUCUAUUUGAAUCAGUCCAAGUUGGAGACUAUUAUGAAUUCAAUUUGUUGUCCGUUGGUCCCACUUCAUGUGCUCUGAUCAUCGAUCUGGACCGUCCAUUACUGCCUGUGAUGGUGAAAGGGGCAAUUGAUCUGUUCUUUCUUAUUGGACCUUCUUGUUCUUUAAUCAAAUCAAGUAGCCUAA